AUGGGAACAAAAAUUGAAUAUUCCGUAAAUCCACUAACAUACUCAGUAGAUUGCAACAACUUCACUUUGAGUGGUGUUGAUGCCAGGGAACAUUAUCAGAACAAAGAAGUGAAAGUGAUUAACAAUCAUUGUAGUAUUGGAGUUAAUAGUUUGCAAGAUCCAAUGGACAAGAAGCUUAACAGAAACAACAUAGAAUCUAUCAAAAAGACAAUGCAGAUGCAUGAAGACAUCUUCAAAAAUCAGGUAAAGGAACUUCAUAGAGUAUACAAUGUGCAAAAGAUGCUAAUGGAUGAGCACAAAAAUCAAACCAAUCAAAAUAAAUUUUGGAGCCCUAUAGGUAUAAACCAACCUUAUUUUGUUCAACAACCAACACAAAUUUCAUUUAGCCAUGUCCAAAUUUUGAAAGAGGAUUUAAUGAUAAAGGAAAGAAGUGGAAGCAAUUCAGGAGAUAUAAUAAUAAAAAAAAGAGAAACUGAUUUUGAUCUUGAAAAGCCAGCAGCAAGUGAUUGUGAUGAAGAAGAUAUGGAAGUGGAUUUAACUUUAUGUAUAGGAGGAAGCAACCAAACAAAGAAUAAGAAGAAAAAGUCUUAUAACUUGCUUCCAUUACCAAAUUCUUAUGUCUCUUUUCAAUCAGAUAGAAUUGGAGAUUGUAGUGACCCUACCACACCAAUGAGCAGCUCUAGUGUUACAUUUGAUCAAGAUAAAAAGGUUCCACAUUGGUUUUCUCAAGGUUUAAAGCUUAAAUAG